AACUUGUUUGAUUUGAAGAUCGAGGUGGACGGGAGUGGGAUUCGUGAUCUAGCCUCUAGGACGUCGCUGCCGCCUCUCUCUGUGUGUCUCUCUUGAGCGGGGAACUCUCGUGGUGCGUAACCUAGGGCAAUGGCAGGAGCUAUGUCAGCGGCUAGGUCAGCAGCAGCUGCAGCUGCAGCGGGAUGUCUGUCGUCCCAGAAGAGGACGACAGACGUGUCAGUCAAAGAGAGAGGAGUCACGGGUGCAGGAAGCCAUGGUGUUGUCUUCUGCAUGCGUGACGACGGCUCGUCGACUUCCCCACAAACACUCACACUUAUCUCCCGCCAGCGUUCUUGCGGCGGCCAUGGCCAAGGCAAGCUCUUCUUCCACGGAGGGCAGCGGCUGGUGGCCGACCGUGCUGCACCCGCUUCCGGACACGUGGCAAGAUCUCGUCGCACCGGUGUGAGAGCAGAGGCAUCGGUGGCCCCUUCUCCUGUGCCUUCUUCCGCCGCUGCGGUCGGCACCAAAAAGGCGAAGAUUAGCAUCGUCAUGGGAGAUAACUUGAAUGAUGGGAUGCUGGGCUCGGCGAGGAUCGUAGUCGUCGGGGAUGGCAAGGUGAUUGCAGAUGGUCCCCGCGCCCCGGCUCGUCCCGAGCAGACCGGUUCCACGUCUGAACCUGAUGGGUUCGACCUCGGGUUCGGGCUUUGGAAGAAGGGCAGUACAACGUCCGUGAUCAUCGAUGAUCUGCCCAAGAACGUCAAUCCGACGGUAGUCCUGCUGUACAACGGGUCGACCAACGGCAAGUGGUUCGUGAAGAAAGUGGAGAUAGAGACGGAGGCUUACACCAGCGAUGGCGGCGGGGACAACGGCAAGCUGAAGACGUACGUGUUCCCCUGCUUCUCCUUCGUUCCCACGGGGGACAAACCGCGCAUUCUCUUCCAGGGCAGCUCGCAGCUGCCAUGGCAGACGCCCCCAAGGCUGUACCAGCUGUAUCGCGAAGCGGCGCUCGAUCAGCAGUUCUCUGUGUACAAGUUCGAGGAGUACAACGAUCUGAGCAAGCCGGCCGACUUGGAAGAUCGAAACAGUCCCAACUUCCGGCCGAGGCUGCGUCCGUAUCCCAAGCGGCAGGCGACGAUGGUAGCGGGAACGAACGUCGGGAUCCCGCGCGACGACGACUUCGACCUCUCCAAGCUCUACGACUUCAUCACAGGCGCUGCGAAAGCGCAAGCGCAGGCACUUCUUGCCGAUCCCGUUCAGAUGACGUCCAACCGGCCAUGGAGGAGCGCGAACGGGCUGAUCUCGGGGCUCUUCGAGGGAGUGGGUGCGCUGAGGAAGCCUGCCGUCUUGAAAGACGGGCUGGACUGGAAGUCGGACAAGGAGUUUGGCAGGCAGACGCUUGCCGGUCUCAACCCUAUGGAGAUCACACUGCUGAAGGAGUUGCCCGCAGGUUUCGCCGUCUCCGAUGGCGACCUGGGGGGUGCGCUUCCUGCCGGGCUCACGCUUGCCGAGGCCGUCAGGACUAACCGUGUGUUCAUCAUCGACUACUCCAUCUUGGAGGCCAUCCGGCCGACCGUGAACGCCCAGGCGGCAGCGGCCAAGCAGCAGAAGUACCUCUACGCUCCCCGAUGUCUGCUCUUCCGCGACAACAACGGCGAUGUGAUCCCCAUAGCCAUCCAGCUGGAGGCUGACGGGAAGGUGUACACGUCAGCCAAGGACACGGGCGUCGGCAAGUGGCAGUGGACGCUUGCCAAGGCUUACGUGGCGUCCGCCGACAGCAGCGUUCACCAAGUGGCCCGACACUUCCUCCAAACCCACGCCGUCUGCGAGGUCUAUCUCAUUGCUACUCGCCGGCGGCUGUCGGAACUGCAUCCCAUGUUCAAGCUGCUCAUCCCCCACUUCCGCUUCACCAUGAGCAUCAACUACCGAGCUCGCACCAGUCUGAUCAACGCCGGGGGGAUCAUAGAGAACCUCUUCUCCGGCGGAUCGCUGUCCAUGGCCGCCUCUGCGGAGGCUUUCAAGACUUGGAAGUUCGAAGACCAGGCUCUGCCGAACAACCUGGAGAAGAGAGGGGUGGCUGACGUCAACGUCCUCCCGUACUACCCCUACCGCGACGUAGGGACGUUGAUUUGGAACGCCAUGCACAAGUACGUGCUGACGUAUCUCAAGAUCUACUACGGAGAGACGGAGGCCUCGAGGGAGUUGAUCAUCAACGACAAGGAGCUGGUUGCAUGGUGGACCGACGUGAAGUUUGGCAACUCCAAGUUCGAGUUCUCCUUCAGUGGGGUCGAAGAAUGGCCGAAGCUGGAGACGGUAGAGGAUCUGGCCUUCAUCUGCACGACGAUUAUCUGGACCGCGAGUGCGCAGCACGCGGCGGUUAACUUCGGCCAGUACGACUACUACGCCUUCGCUCCCAACCAUCCAGCUGCAACGCGCAGACCCAUGCCAGAGACAGUGGACGAGAAGACGUUCAUGGAGAUCAUGCCUCUUCCUCGUGACCAGGUCACCGCCAUAGCCGUCGUAGAUCUGCUGUCGACCUACUCCGAUGACGAGGAGUAUCUUGGGAGAACGGAUCAGACGGCGUACGGCUGGCUCAUCGAUCCUGCGGCUAGGAAGGCGUAUGAGCAGUUCUGCAACGACCUGGACUACGUCGAGAAAGAGGUCGAGGCGUACAACGAGCUCAACAAGAAGAAAGGCCGGCUGCCGUACAAGUACUUGUUCCCUCGUACCAAUCGUAACGAUAAGGACAACAGCUCCGACACUCCCAACGGUACGGAAGGCAUUCCCAACAGCGUGUCCAUCUAGAGAGAGAGAGAGAGAGAGAGAGAGAGAGAGAGAGAGAGAGAGAGAGAGAGAGACAAUGUAAGAUUGCAUCCUUCCCUUUCGUUCUUCUUUUAGACGUUCUGUUUUCUUGUCAAGCGCUGUCUCCUUCUGCUCGACCACCACCUCUUUCUCCUGUGUUGAUUCUUUGUUUUUUGUCUCCAUGAUCCUUCUCUUCUCUGAGUGUUGUGCCUCGCCGCCCGCUUACGCCGUGAUGCUCGUUAUGUUCCGUUCUGCUUGAACAUACACUACCUUUCUCUGAUGUUUUGUCGACACCUUUUUGUUUAAAGACACCUUUUUUUUGUCGUAGUAGCUUCUUUUAGUUAAUCACCCAACUUGGGAAAAACUAUGAGUACUGAGUACCUUCGCCGCCAUACCUUUGGAUUCGUUUGCCCCCAAACGGGGGUAAGGAAGAGUCUGGGAGGAUCUUGAAGGAGGAACCUGCCCGUGUUCUUGGUUAGUAUCCAGAACAGGCUCAUCGUUCUCCUCUUUUUUCGGACGUUAUGUUUCGUUCUCCUCUUUUUUCGGACGUUAUGUUUCGUUCUCCUCUUUUUUCGGACGUCCUCUUUUUUCGGACGUUAUGUUCUCCGUUAGUGCCUGCAGAACAGGCCAGACUGAGCGAGACCUAGCGUGGCUUCCAAGGGUUUCCCAAAGAUGUAAAUUACUAAAUUUUUUGAUAUCAGGGCGUACUCACUCUAUGACCCUUUUUAAGAAAAAGCUCUAGACGUGAUUGCCUUGGGAAUCAUCCAGGUGUGGGAGUGAUUACAGUCGGAUGAAGUGCCAGUGUGAGCAUCAUAAAGCUCUCAAGUUGGUCUGGUUUCUCGUUGUAAUGUAAAUGUUUAGUAGCUUGGUUGGUUUUUCGUCCUAUUCUGCAAUACACACUGAGGUAGGAUAGUAAAGAUAAGGGGGUGCGCUAGGAGAAUUGAUAAGACGAUGGGUGGGAAGGGGGAUUUUUGGGGCUCGCAAUGGCUGUAGAAAAAGUAACCCCUUGUAUGUCUGCACUGCGGCCUGUACAACUACCAGGGCUUUAUUUGAAAAAAUGAAAUAAAUAAAUAAAUAAAUAAAACAACCUCUCCACUGUAUCAACAGCUCGUUCCUAUGCACCGUCAUUUGAGCUUAUACAUUCAUUGGCUCUAUUACUUUAAAUUCUGCAUUCUUCCUGAAGUAUGGGAGUCGGUCCACUACUCUGGACAUGCACAAAAGACUAAAAUCAUGUGGUGUAUCUUUCCAUGGUUUAGCAGAAGAUUCACUCUCGUUUUGCCUAUUUCGAGAGUAAUGGAGCGAGAGCCCCUAUAAUUGUACCAUCACUUUGUCACAAGAGUC